UUUUAAAAUUCUUAUUUAUUUUAGUUAAAAAAUUAUGUUUAUUAAUGGCAAUUGGUUUGAAAGUAACAAAUGAUCAGAAUGAGAAACCUAUUAUUCAAGCAAUGUUCAAAGAUAUCAAAGUUUUUACUUGGAAAUUGCCAAGAUAAUGUUAAUAACGAGAAUCUUGAAUUAAUUAAACAAACCAAUCAACCAGAUAUUGUGCUGUUCGGUGAAAACAUUUUUAUUGCACAGCAGAACUUUGUUGCUCGUAACGACGACGAACUAUCGUUUCAAAGAGGGGAAUGUUUUGAAGUUCUUGAUGAUAGAAGAGAAGAACGAUGGAAAGCACGUUCCUUGAACACCAAAAAUGAAGGCUAUAUACCUAAAGAUUAUGUUGUUUUCUACAACAAAUUAGAGCAAUACAAUUGGUAUUUUGAUUGUAUAACCCGUGAGGAAUCCAACCGAUUGUUGCUUCGUAUGGGAUAUCCUGGAUCAUUUCUAAUCCGGAGAAGUGAAAGCAAACCUGGAGAUUACACGCUUUCUCUGCGUGACACAAAAGGAAUAAAACAUUAUCACAUUAAAAGUGUUGAGGGAAGAAGUUAUUCCAUUAAUCUGAAGACAUGUUUUGCAGACUUACCAGCUCUUGUUAAGCAUUAUCAGAAGCGAGCAGAUGGACUGCCACAUAAGUUGGGAAAUGCAUGUGAAAGAAAUGCAUUAGGACCAUGGGAGAUUGAAAGAGACAGAAUUAGUCUUAAUAAAAAUCUGGGUAAUGGUCACUAUGGUCAAGUAUGGGAAGGCACUUGGAAUCAUACUAUAAAAGUAGCUGUUAAAACUGUACUUCCUCACAAAAUGAAUAGAAAUGAUUUUUUGUCUGAAGCUGCCAUUAUGAAGCAUUUAUCUCAUCCCAAACUUGUGCAACUAUACGGUAUCUGCACAAUUCCUUUAGAUAAACCUAUAUAUAUAGUUUUAGAGCUAAUGCAAAAGGGUAGUUUGAAUAAAUACUUAAAAAGUUCAAGUGGGGAAAAGCUUACAUUAUGCGACCAGGUAGAUAUGGCUGUUCAAGUUGCAGAUGGUUUACAAUACUUAGAAAAUAAGGGUGUGGUUCAUCGAGACAUAGCUGCUCGUAACAUCCUUGUAGGAGAUAACAAUCAAUUAAAAAUAUCAGACUUUGGGUUAAGUAAAAUCCUGCAUCACAAUACGAAUGACAAUGCUGGAGAAGAAAAUGCCGCAUUUGCUAUAAAAUGGACUGCACCAGAAGCAAUUAUAGAACAGAAAUUCUCUUCUAAAUCUGAUGUUUGGAGUUUUGGCAUUCUUCUUUAUGAAAUACUAACUAAAGGGAAACAACCGUAUCCAUCUUUGUCUAAUCAUGAUACGUUAUCGUUUGUUAGCAAGGGCAACAAAAUGCCAGCACCAAAUGGAUGCCCGGAGGAACUUUAUGAGAUUAUGUCAUCCUGUUGGGAACGCAAUGCACAAGAACGACCAACAUUUGAAACUUUGAAAUGGAAGCUGGAAGAAUUUUGCUUGGAAUUACUUAAGAAAGGGAAAUGCUUUUUUACUAUGGAUUUACUUGAGAACACAAGUUGUGCAAGGAGGGGCUCAUGUGGGGGAGGAGGAGUUUUCCUCUGGAAAAAACGGUUUACUCUCACAAUUUGCUUCCUACAGAGUCUUCAGCAUAAAAGCACACUUUAUUUGUUAAAAGUACUUCAUAAAUUUACAAUGCUACCUGGAGUUAAUGAAAUUAUAUCUUUUAUUUGUACAAAAAUUCAUCACACUGCUCACACUUCUUUUUCAGGGGUUUUCUCAAGGAUAUACUUUAUGCUGUAUCCCAAAGUUAGAAGAAAUUGUUGGAACAUAUAUCAAGUUCUAGUUUAUCCCAUGGAAAUGAAAUUGUUUGGAAAAAAUAAAAAAUCAGAAUUGGGAACCGGGAAGUCAAGAUCGACAUUUUAUGUUGACAUUUUUGAGGAUAAUGUUGAUAAAUACUGCCCAUCCCCACAACCAGAUAUCGUGCCGUUGGGUGGGAAUAUUUAUAUUGCGUUGUUUAACUUUGUCCCCCGUGACGAAGGUGAUCUUGCAUUUCAAAAAGGAGAAUACAUUGAAGUUUUGGAUGAUAGAAGAGAUACCUGGUGGAAAGCACGCUCCGUGAAGACCAAAAAAGAAGGGUUCAUUCCAAAUAAUUAUGUGGCUCUCCACAACAGCUUGAAGGCCCAUGAUUGGUUCUUUGACGAAUUAACGAAAAGGGAAGCCGAUCUGUUAUUAUUUCGAAUGGGAAUCCCUGGCUCGUUUAUAAUAAGAAAAAGCGAAAGCAAACCUGGAGAUUACACGCUUUCUCUGCGUGACGCAAAAGGCAUGAAACAUUAUCAUAUUACAAGUGUCGACGGAGGAGGUUAUUCCAUCAAUUCAAAGACAUGUUUCGCAGAGUUAUCAGCACUUGUUAAACAUUAUCAGAAUGCCAAAGAUGGGUUGUCACACAAAUUAGGAAAUGCAUGUCAAAGACGUGUACUAGCACCCUCCAUAUCAAAUCCUUCUAGAUCCGAUCCGUGGGAGAUUGCAAGAGACAGAAUCAGUCUAGAUAAAAAGUUAGGUAAAGGUCACUAUGGUGAAGUAUGGGAAGGGACUUGGAAUGAAGCUAUAAGAGUUGCUGUAAAAACUGUCAUCUCUAAAAAAAUGGACAGAGACGAUUUUUUGGCUGAAGCUACAGUUAUGAAGCGCUUGUCGCAUCCUAAACUGAUACAGUUGUACGCCAUCUGCACUAGGCCUUUAGAUGAACCUAUUUAUAUAAUCUUAGAGUUGAUGCCAAAAGGUAGUUUAGAUAAAUAUUUAAAAAGUGGCAGUGGGAAUACGCUUACAUUACGCGAUCUGAUAGAUAUGGCCGCGCAAAUUGCUAAUGGGCUACAAUACUUAGAAAAUAAUCGUGUUGUUCAUCGAGACAUAGCUGCUCGUAACAUCCUUGUGGGAGAUAACAAUCAAGUGAAAAUAUCAGACUUUGGGCUAAGUAAAAUUCUACAGCACAAUGCGAAUGACGAUGCUGGUGAAGAAAAUGCCGCAUUUGCUAUAAAGUGGACUGCACCAGAAGCAAUUAUAGAACAGAAAUUCUCUUCUAAAUCUGAUGUUUGGAGUUUUGGCAUUCUUCUUUAUGAAAUAUUAAGUAAAGGAAAACAACCGUAUCCAUCUUUGUCUAAUAAAGAUACCCUAUUGUUUGUUAGCGAGGGCAACAGAAUGCCAGCACCAAAUGGAUGUUCAGAGCAACUUUAUAAGAUUAUGUGUUCGUGCUGGGCACACAAUGCGCAAGAACGACCAACAUUUGAAACUUUAAAAUGGCAGCUUGAAGAAUACUCCUUUAUAGAGGAAACAAAUUAUGCAGAAUCAAGAAAACGGUAGCGGUUCUAAAUACAGUUCUUUAAAAGUUUUUCUCUCAUUUUUUUAAGGUUUUUAGAAAGCAUUUUCGUGUUCUUUCCACCUGCAAUGAUGGCAAAAUGGAAUGAAACAGGACAGGUAAUUUCGAAUUUUGCCACCAUGAGUGAUAACUUGGUUGGUGUUUAUAGCGGACUCAAAACUUUAGAUCCUACAUUAUCUGGCUAAAUUCAUUUUUCAAAACAUGCUAAUUUUUGCAGAACUCAGAACGACUAAUUUCUUUUCUGGACCUUCGUUGGCCCUGAAGUGGAUUAUUUCGUUGUGAGGGCACGCUAGAGAAUGUCGCUAGCAAAUUUUAAACUCUCUUUAAAAAUUCAAAUUUUUGCAACCUCCUGACUGCAGAGUAUUAGCCAAUUAAACCGUUUGUCUGAAAAUGAGGGAAAAGCUGCCUUUAUUUCAUUAAUCUUGUUCACGAUCGUGGGCAGUUUUUUACACGCUUUCUCAAUGAGCACAUUUUUUUUUUUUUUUU